AUGUAUGUGCUUUGUCGCGUUACUCCAAUCAAUUUUAAUUGUGAUAAAUGUAAAAUAAUAUAUUAUUGCUCAAAGGAGCAUGCUAAAGCUGAUUAUGAACACCAAGAAUUCUGUGAUGUUAUACAAGAAAUUGCUAAUAAAAGAGGAGGACAUUUAUAUAGUGGUACAUCAAAUUUAACAUAUGAUGAAUUUCGAACAUAUCGCGUAGUUACACUAAAUAUGUGUCAAGCAAUGCUUAAUAAUCAAAUAACACCUUAUGAAAAAGAAGCAAUUUUAUUCCCUAAAUUAUGUGGAGCCAAUAAAUGCAGGGAGUGCCGAAAUGAAAACUUAAAAAAUUGUGAUUAUUGCGGAGAAAUUGCAUUUUGUAGAAGCAAACUAGAACAUUUUAACAAAUCUCAUUUUAUAUGGUGUAAUUUUUAUUCCCUAUUGAAAAAAAUUCAUAUUGUUCAAGAAAAAAACGGGAUAAUCGUACCUAAAUUUCCAACAAAAAUAUUAAGCGAAAAUGAAAGCAAAUUUUCAAAUCCAACAAUGGGAAAAAUAUUUAAAGCUUUAAAUUUAGAUAUCAUUGAAGAAACUUCAAAUUCAAUGCUUACUUUAGCAGCAUCUGGACCUUUAACUUCAUGGUAUGCAUUAAAAUUGACGACAAAACUAAAUCAAGAAGAAUUAGUUAUUCAUAUUAUAGGUGCCGAAAUUGAAUUUGAGCUUGAUUUGUUAAAUAAAUGGGAAUCAUUUUUUCUACAUCUUCUACCAAAUUUAAAACAUCUCACACUGCAAUUCGUAGGACCGGAACUUAAUUAUAAACAUCAGUUUUCAAAUAAUUUAGUCAAACUACAAUUAUGUAAAUUAUGUAAGAAAAGUAAUCGGACAGUUACACUUCAGUUUGAGAAAAUGUUAUAUCAUGAAUUUUGUGCAGAAAAAUCAUAUACUAAACCUAAUUUGAUAUCAUUUUACAAUCCUGGACUACAUAGGUCAACUGGAUUCCAAGAUAUGGAUACAUGGCCAUUAACAAUUAAAGAAGCAGCAAAAGCAUUUUGUCCAAUCGUAAUUACUUCAUAUACACAUUAUGAGUCACCUUUAGAUUUAAAAAGAUUCUUAAAUUACUCCAAUCGGACGAUUAAUAUAAUACAGCCUCCAUCAGUAAAUAUUUUUAAGUCUAGCAAACCUGAAAGAAAUUUCAUAUCUGAUGAAACUGUUCCAUUAAUAUUUAAAAAUUUUUAUAGUUUCAUAUUGCAGUAAAUACAAAAUAUUUUAACUAAUUUAGUAAAAUAAAAUAAGAUUGAUUGA